AUGAUCCAAAGAGAAAAACUUUGCUCAGUGUUCCAAGCUGCUUUGCUUGGCUUGCAGGCUUCUUAUGAGUAACACAGUGACUCCAGUGAACUUCAGACAGCUUUCCCUUCCCACCCACAUGGUCUUAUUUGAGGCCCUUAGUCAGUCAGCAAGCAUGUUUGGAACUGGCCCCGGUGCUUUGCAAGGGCUCGUGUUGCAGGACGGUCACGGAUGGGCAUUUGUAGUUAUAAAUACUUGACCACUCUCCAGGGUGCGGCUUUCAGCCCUUAAAAGCGGCUUCGUGUAGCCUGCUACCGAGCCGACUUUUGGCUUCGAGUAUAGGAACUGAUUGCUAUAGGACAUUAUCUGCUGAGGGAGAAGUAAGAUGGAGCACAACGGGUCUGCUUCCAGCGCUGGUAAAAUCCACCAGAAUCGAUUGUCAAGUGUGACUGAAGACGAAGACCAAGACGCCGCUCUUACGAUCGUGACUGUGCUGGACAGGGUGGCCACCGUCGUGGACAGUGUGCAGGCCAGCCAGAAGAGAAUAGAAGAGAGGCACCGGGCGAUGGAGAACGCCAUAAAGUCUGUCCAGAUUGACCUGCUGAAGCUCUCACAGUCCCACAGCAACACGGGCUACAUUGUCAACAAGCUGUUUGAGAAGACCCGGAAAGUCAGCGCUCACAUCAGAGACGUGAAGGCCAGGGUGGAGAAGCAGCAGGUCCACGUAACCAAAGUUGAAAGCAAGCAAGAAGAAAUAAUGAAGAAAAACAAAUUCCGCGUGGUAAUAUUCCAGGAGAACGUUCGGUGCCCCUCAUCCCUGUCUGUUGUUAAAGACAGAAGCCUGCCUGAGAACCAGGAGGAGGACGAGGAAGUCUUUGAUCCCCCGAUAGAGCUCUCCUCGGAUGAAGAAUAUUACGUUGAAGAAAGCAGAUCCGCCAAGUUUAGGAAGUCAGGCAAGGAGCACAUUGAUCAUAUCAAGAAGGCAUUUUCCAAAGAGAGCAUGCAGAAGACGCGGCAGAAUUUUGACAAGAAAGUGAGUGGAAUUAGAACUAGAAUCGUCACACCCGAGAGGAGAGAGAGGCUGCGGCAGUCAGGGGAGCGGCUCAGACAGUCAGGGGAGAGGCUCAGACAGUCAGGAGAAAGAUUUAAGAAAUCAAUUUCAAAUGCUGCCCCCUCAAAGGAGGCUUUCAAGAUACGCAGCCUUAGGAAACCAAAGGAUCCCAAGGCGGAGAGCCAGGAGGGAGACAGAGGGAUGGGUGUGGAUAUCAUCGCAGGUAGCCUGGCGCUGGGGCCCAUCCAUGAGUUCCACCCUGAGGAGUUCAGUGAGACAGAAAAGGAGGUGGCCAAGGUAGGGUGCAUUCCCCAAGAAGGAGGGGAUCCUCCACCUCCUGAGCCUUUGAAGGUGACUUUUAAACCUCAGGUGAGAGUAGAAGACGAUGAAUCGCUCCUGUUGGAUUUAAAGCAGUCCUCGUAGAGAGGAAUUAAGUGUGAGCAUCAAUCUCAAGUCCCGUGGUCAUGGUUUGAAUAGAGUAGUCAUUUUUUAGUCACACACAGUAGAAAGGCAAAUGUUACAAAAACUUCAUUUCUUACCUUUAAAGUUCUAAAGAUUAUAAAAACUUUAUAUACACAGCUUUCUUAUAAGUUCUUCGGGAACUUAAAUUCUAUUUCCCCUGAUAAUAUAUAUCACUCUGAUAGCUUUUAUUCCCCCUAGUGUCACACCUUUUUGUGGCAGUUCUUGGCCAAUUAGAACAUAGUUGCAUGGCUUAGGUGUUUAGAUGCUUGGUUAUCCGUAACACAGGAGGGGCGAAUCUGCUCAUCGUUCACAAGCAAACUGUAGCUUUGGGUCAGGAUUAACAAACAAGUCCAGUCUCAAAGGGGAGUAGCUGAUGAACAUAUUGUGUUAUCCAGAUGUUCACGUCUGGAGAUUCAUUAGUGGAUCAG